GUUUGAAAUUAAGUUGCAAGGACGGUUGAAUAAAUAGAAUUUGUUGGUCCAGCGCCGUUAAAGACAAAUUCCACAUCGCUUCAUUGUGUUGUCAUCUCUGCCCACAGCAAAAAAACAAAUUUACUAUGAGCUUCAAACCAAAGAGCCAUAAAGCCCUGGGAGAUGAGGAGUGGAUGGCAAGGCUUAGGGGAUUUUCCAGCGAUGGGGUUUGGCCGUCAAAUGCAGGGAAUAGACCUGCCCCGAGGCAGAAGAAGUGGCAUGCUCUCUAUCAGAAGCAUACCCACUGUUUUACUCACCUGUAUGUGUAGUGAGGCAUAUGAAGGUGAGGUCUCAUACGAAUUCACUGAAGCCCAACUUGGUUGCUCGGAAACCACCGGGCCCCUCUCUGCCCUCUUUGAGGACCCCUAGCCUGGCACCUUCCUCUGUGAGGACCUCUGGCCCCCCUCCAUCCUCUGUGAGGACCCCUAGCCUGGCACCUUCCUCUGUGAGGACCUCUGGCCCCCCUCCAUCCUCUGUGAGGACCCCUAGCCUGGCACCUUCCUCUGUGAGGACCUCUGGCCCCCCUCCAUCCUCUGUGAGGACCCCUAGCCUGGCUUCAUCAUCCACAACACUGACACACAUCUGCCAGACAGUUUCACCUGAGGAGCCUGCAGCAUGUGUGCAACGGUCAGAUGCAGCUGGUGAUGCAGGACCUGGCUGGUUGCCGAGGGAGAUGAGGAAGACCAUUCCUGUACAGGACCAGAGAUGGAUGGGAAAUACCCUCUUUCAUGCCGGCAAAGUGCGCCCAGAUUUCAAGUUGUGGUAUGAGCCUCCUGUACAGCCCUCAUCUACCACCAGGUUUCAACACCCGAUCGUUUUUUUACCCACCGGCUUCUGGUGUGGAUGCCCUAUCAUCAGUGGAAAGUUAGGGUGUUCUGCCAAGCUUGUGGGAAGCAUCUUACGGGGGUUGGUGUUCCACCACAUGCUCCUGCUCUGGCUCCCACUAAAGCACCCCGAAAACUGACCCGCAAGGUUUUGCACAAUACAUGCAAAAAAUGUGGGCAGUUUAGAAUUGCUGAGACAGGACAGCCAGUAUAGAGGACAUAUUUACUGUCCCUCCAAUGAAAGCAUGACAAAGGAGCUUUGGCUAGAACACAUUAAAAAGCAAAAAUAAAUGUGAAUCUGUUUCCUCUUUGUCUUGUUUUAAAUAUGAAAGCUUUUACAAACAGUUUUAUUGUGUACAGUUACUCCUGUUUCCUGGUUCUCACUGUUUUAAUUGUUGAAUAA